AUGUCAGCGUCCGAGUCCAAAAGGCGGUUCGGCCCGGCUCUGAAACUCAUCGCGCCUGGCGACGACGCCGCCUCACGCAAAGUCUACCGUCCGAGCUAUCGACUAUACUUUUCUGCCAUCUUCCCUCCCUUGCCCCAUGAUAUGCCCCGCAACCACAACGCAGGCCCUUCAACUCUCCGGAACCGCAACAGAGUCACCAACAAGACCCGUCUCAAAGUCAUCACUGAGAGCAUCGAUGCCGACCCGAUUGUCCUUGACGAGGAUGAAGAGAAGGCCAGAGUCGUCUCCACAGCCGGUGUGGAUGCUGAGGAUGCCAAUGAACAUCACCUUCAGGCGGUCUUGUUUGCAGCAGCGACACGCCAUCAAGCCGGUUCGCGUUCAACGCGAGCCGCGUCAGAGAAGGAGAAGGCGGCGCCAGCCAUCCCUACUCCCGACAGCACUGGCUUGGUGGACAAUUAUGAGGAGUUGUACCAUUCAGACCGGUGGAAGGACCCUCAUUCGUAUGUCAAAUCGUCCGACACGGUUGAAGAAGCGUGUUCUUUCGCGCUCACCAAUGGGUUCAUUUACUACAUGGACGAGCGCGACAAGGAAUGGCUUGACAAAAACAAUGAGGAGGCCAGAGGAGAAGGUACGAGUGCUCAAGGCGCUCUGUCCGCCGCCGGCACGCGUUCCGGGCGAAGCGCAAAAGCCAAGGGCAAGGAGCCCGAGGUUGCUCAGCCCGUCGUGAUGACUGAAGACGAGUUCGAACUCGUGAUGGCCUUGUUUGAGAAGGUUACGCAUGAGAAGACUGAGUUUUUGCAUCAUGGUCUGGAGCAAGGAGGACCAUUUCCGCCCUUCUCAGACUACCAAGAGACGUUUGGUUCUCCGUUGACACCGGUGAUGUUCGCGUUGUUCGCUGUACCAGACUGGAUACCGCCACCCGCCCAGCUUUUCCGUUUUGCUCGCGUCGUCUAUCCAUACUGGCGCGAACGACGGUCGGAACGUAGAGGACACCGAAUUAUACCCACUGUCAACCUGGACGAAACAGAUACCCUCAACGAAUCAUAUAUAUGUUUCAGGCGGCGCGAGAUCAAGGCUAUUCGGAAGACGCGUGCUCAACAGACGACCUAUUCCGACAAGAUGACACGCUUACAAGGGGAACUGAACACCUCGGUGGAGCUGGCGAAGAAUGUCUUACGACGUGAGCACCUUAAACGGGAAACAGCUAUUCAAGGACAUUCCGUCUGGGACAAGCGCCUUUCCCUCGUCGAUCUGAAGCGAAAGUAUUCAAGUCUAGGGGGUAAGGAAGACGAGGAGCUGCUCCACGAUAGGGAGAGGGUGCCGAAGAAGCCGAAGAUCGACACUCCUCGCCUUCCGUUCAAGCUGCGCACACGAGACAACGGCGAUUCCGCUUCUCCUGUCGUUGCUGAACCUGCCAUCAAGCCAAAGGAACGACAGGCGGCGAUACGAAGCCAGAUCGAGCAGGGGUUGGCAAAAAUCAAGGAGAAAGACCGUCAAUGGGAAGAUCUCGUCGAUAAUCCGUAUCAGCCUGCACCGGUGUCACUUGCCUCUCGUAUGUACAAGAUCAUCUCGGCCACUCGUGCGCUCUCUUUAUCGACGCCAACUACCGAUAGCAGCGAAAGACCAUCGACUACCUCGGCCCGUGCAGGUCGUCUUCGCUUCGGUAGAGGUGGCCGGAUUUAUCUUGAUCGACGCAUUGUUCGUGCACGCUCGGAGCAUCAUCGAGAGAGUUGCGAAGGGUCCGAGGACGACGAUGACACUGACGCGCAGAGUCCUGCUCGCAAGGUACGCGGGCGAUGGAAGUUCGACGCUGACGAUGACCCUGCUGUUGGUCCGGAAGGGCCGGACGAGCAGGACCGCAUGCUGGUUGACGACUUCCAACCGAAAUACUUGGUGCAUCGUAUGACGUUGUUGAACGAACAGGAUCACCAGGCGAUGAGUGUGGAUGCUGGCAUCGCUGUGACUGGCGCAGACGGCCGACAGCAAGUCGUCACACCAUUCAAACCCCAGCCUGCCAUGCCUCGUCGAGAGAUACAGCCGAUGGCCCAGCGUCCCGUACCGUCGUCUUCCGUGAUCCCUGGGCAACAGAUUUCCAGCAUACACCACGCAAACGGUGUCCAUGUCCCGAUGCCAGGUACAAACGGCAUGCCUGUUGCAAUGGCUGCGCAGCUGAAGAAGAUGGCCCCUCCAGUCGGAGUUCCGCAUAUGCGCAUAUCAUCCAAUGGUGGGAUUCGGUUACCUGCAGCUUCUCCCGUCCCUAACAUGCACUCAACUGUUCCUACCCCUCUUGCGUCACCAUAUGCGACUCCGCCUGGUAGCGCUGGACAGGUCAAUGGAUUUCACGAAGCAAGCGGCCAGGCUUCAGACGGCACCGAGCAAGAUGUGAAACUCGCCAUGCAGACAGUUCCGAACGGCAACGGACAUCUUGGGAGCGAUCACCCUGUUGCAGAUCCCUCUACAGCGACCGGUGCCUCCACUUCACCUCUACGCGCGAAGGCGCAAGUACAGCAGCCCGUCGCCAUGCCCACCGUACCUAAUGGCUACCAUAUUCCUCCGAUUAAUGCUUACCCCACUAUGUCGAAAUCUCAGUAUAUGCACGCUACCGGCCGGCCGAACGGUUUGACCAUGCAACAAAUGCACAACAUCAAGUCUGUGUAUGCUUCGAUGUCGCCGUCGCCGGACACCUCUAUGCAAUCCAACAAUAAUGCAAAUAUGGCAAUUCGAGCACCAUCCACCUACAUGGGACAUGUCUUGCCGAAUGGCGCGAACUAUCAAGUCCAGUUCACCGCGGCGCAGUGGGCUACUGCUGCUGCCCAGCAGCGCUCCCCGCCUAUGAAUGGCGUAGUUGUGGAUGGGAACGUCAGCGACGCUGCGGCGAUCGCUGCCUUCAUGUCUCCACCUCCUCAGGGCAUGCCGGCCAGGGUGCCGUCUGCCAAUGGAAUGUCACCCGCUCCUCUUGCUCGAGGUGUGGGUUUGAGCGCCGGACAGGGCAGAGUGUCGCCGGCUAGUGCGCAAUUCGCGCGUCUUUCCGCCCCUCAUUCACCAUCACCUCUCUUGACCAGCCCGUCUCUUUCGGCGGCCCAAGCGCAGUCGUCUCCCGUGCGGCCGCCCUCAAUGCCCACCCCAUCGCCCUCUCUACAGUCACGACAAGUUGUUGGUGGGCCGGGGGCAGGAUAUUAG